GGAACCAAAUCAAAUGCUCGCCAACCAGCCACACUGAUUUGGUUCCACACUAAGUCGGCAGGUACCGCUUAGCAGUGAAGUGCACAUGAUAUGCAUUUGACCCAGGUAGCGAUACUAAAAAUGGCAUUCUGUCUAACCACUAAUCAACGAUGGUGCUGCUUGACAGGCGAUGAGUUGCAAAAUAGUCAUGGGUGGCGCGAGCAUCACUGAGCUGGCACUGCCUGUGUCUGUUGAUCAGAAACUCCAUCAUCAAAUCUCGCAAUCACCUAACCGCCAAGGUGCAGCCUCCAGGCCAUUCUACAGUGAGGCCCGUUUUUCCUUCUGCUAGAGUCCAUUUCGCAAUUGUCGCUUAUAAUUCCAGUUUUUUUUCUACAUUUUAUUCGGAUGGCCGGGUGCUUGCUACUAACGAUAUUUGCGAUUGAGCUUCUGUCGGUGUGCUUGGAGGCGGUCGGCUACAGCACGCUAGCGCAGGGCCUCUGGGCCACAUACUGCACGGUGACCGGCAAUCAGAAGGCGGCCGAGCGGCUUUCGCUGAAGGCAUCGAUCACGCAGCUGCGUCGCGACCUGCGUACCGUCAGCUCCGUAGACGAGUUUGCGCGGUGGGCCAAGAUGCGGCGCCGGCUGGACGCGCUGACGGGCAAAUUCGAGUCGGUGUCGAGCGAACUGGCCCUGGAGCGCACGGCGUUUGAGUUGUACGUGAACCUGGCGUUGCGGGUGCUGAUCUACAGCGUACGGUUUAUUGUCAGCGUGUGGUUCUGGCGUGCGCCGGUGUUUUAUGUGCCUAGGAAUUGGUUCUAUCCGGGUGUCUGGGUGCUGGCGAUGCCUGGGGCUCCCAAGGGCAGUGUCAGCGUGGCUGUGUGGGCGGUCGUGUGUAAUCGGGUGUGUAAGCAGAUGGGGAGGAUUGUGAAUCGCGUCUGGCGGCCGGUUGUCGCUGAGAGUGAGCCCCAGCAGCAGCCGCAGCACACAGCAGGUGACGAUCUGAAAAUGGCACUGCUUAUUUGCCAGCGAGAAAGGCGGCAUGAUGGUCACAGCAUGCAUUGGCUAUUCGCCAAGACUCGGCCCUCCAUCUUUUAA